GAGGAGGAGGAGGAGGAGGAGGAGGAGGAGGAGGAGAGGCAGCAGCCGCGGCGGCGGCGCGACGCGGCGCGUAAAAAACAAUCUCGAUGCAGCGCGGGUGCAGCUUUGAAGCACUCUAAUGUCUUGCCUGCGAUUGGAGCGCAUGCGUAA